AGAAAAACCACCAGUCUACAGUCAGUACCAGGCAACUGCCCUACAUGGGUUUCGAACUGGCGACGAAGAGGUGGAGGUAGUGAUAAACUGUCGGGACACCUAACCACUCUGCCACCUUCCAAGGUCGCCGUGUAGCAGAUUUUUUGUAUAUAUAUAUUAUUUCGGUUUGUUAAAAUUUAGUUAAAAUAUUACUUUGUCUCUUGUAGACUUUCUCUUGUUGUUUUCAGCUGCAGAUGUACAUGUUUCAAUGUUUCGUCCCUCUAGGACUCGUCCUUCUCGACCCUUAUCGGCUGUCAAGCUAGAGCCUCACCAACACCGUGAAACGAAGGGAAGUAACUCUAAUAGAUAAGAAUGGGAUUUGUCAGUGUUGCAAGAGAUAAAAAAAAAGUAGAAAUUUAGACAGAAAUUUAGAAAAAUAAAAAAUGAGUCUAAAAAAUAGUAAAAUAAAGAAUGAGAAAUGCAUUCACCCCAUAUUUAAUCAGUUGGUUAAAUUGAUACUUCUAAUAAUGUCUAAGUUUGGUAUGGCGUGGUGAUUUUCUUUUGUUUUUAAUUAACGGAAAAUAAACGAAUGCUGUUAGUGUCCAAGUUAAUCGAAAACCUACAUACUACAAUUUUAAUACCGCCGACAUCUCAAUGUGUAUUAUUACCAAAGUAUUACACUUUCACCUUGUAACCAUGGUGACGCGGUCACGUGGUCACAUGUCGGUCAUGUCUUAUCUUUGUUACUCAAUAGAUAAAGGUGUGGAGGCGCUCGCUGUUUACUACAGUACUACAGAACGUCACCAUGAUCCGAAGUAUCGUCCUCACCCUGGCUCUGGCCUCUCUCACCUACUCUAUGACCACGCCAUCAGGUCAUCAUGGACACCACGGACACGCUACUCAUCCUCCAAACAGCGAACAUCCAGAAAAGGGAGCCAUUUCAUUUUACUACGAUUCCCACACGCACUAUAUGGCCGGGCGGACGACCAGCAGUUGUUAUAUCUGGCCUCUCCACAAUACUCAACAACACCUCGUACACACUGUCCAAGGACUGGAAAUGUUGGAGUUGGCUAUGAUUAAGUUGAUAACCGGCGGUGAGGCCAAGCUACAGAACAGUGACUUAGGAAAUCACUCUAGGAAUAUCGUCCAUUUCUGUCACGGACGUCAGAAGUAUGACCUUGGGGUCAAACCUGUUGUCUCCUCCACCUCAGUUCCUGCUCCAACAUUGGUGAUUGAUUAGUUCGCCAGAAGACAAUGCUUAUUGUUUAUCUAAUAAAGAUUAAUGUUGAAACAUUAUUGAUUACAAUUUA